AUGGGCUGCACCAUGAGCCAGGAGGAGCGCGCCGCGCUGGAGCGCUCCAAGAUGAUCGAAAAGAACCUGAAGGAGGACGGAAUCCAGGCCGCCAAAGACAUCAAACUCCUGCUGCUCGGUGCCGGAGAGUCCGGCAAGUCAACCAUUGUCAAACAGAUGAAGUAAGUGGCAGUUUGAUUAGCCUAGGAUAUCCUAAGAAUAACUACCGACCUAGAGUGCCUUUAAACCAAAAAAAAAAUCCCAAUUUUACCCACUCCCUCUUCCAGGAUUAUCCACGAAUCGGGUUUCACCGCCGAAGACUACAAGCAGUACAAGCCGGUGGUGUACAGUAAUACGGUCCAGUCGCUGGUCGCCAUCCUGCGCGCCAUGGGCAACCUGUCGGUGCCGUUCGGGCAGCCGGACCGCGAGGCGGACGCCAAGCUCGUCAUGGACGUGGUGGCGCGGAUGGAGGACACGGAGCCCUUCAGCGACGACCUCCUCAUCGCCAUGAAGCGGUUGUGGGCCGACUCCGGCGUGCAGGACUGCUUCAAUCGCGCCAACGAGUACCAGCUGAACGACUCGGCCAAAUACUUCCUCGACGAUCUCGACCGCCUCGGCCAACCCAACUAUCAGCCCACCGAACAGGACAUUCUCAGGUGAGUGGCGUGCCGGGUGGCUACAGAUAGCCAAACCUCUCCAAGCUCGUGGACAGGAGCAUGUGGAAAGAAACGGGCCCAAAUGCAGCCCGGAUGCGAUAAAAUGCAUCCCUUUGCAUCCUUCUCUGACCAUGCGGUCUUUCGUUAGAGAGGGAUGCAAAGGGAGGCAUUUUAUCGCGUCCGGGAUACUUCGCUACAUGGACCUGUACAGGAUUGUAUUUUUUGACCCAAAUUCAGCCUGGACGCGAUAAAAUGCAUCGCUUUGCAUCCCUCUAUGACCGUUACCGUCUUUGGUUAGAGCGGGAUGCAAAGGGAUGCAUUCUAUUGCAUCCGGAAUGCAUUUGGAAACAUUUCUGGCCACAUGAACCUGUCCAGGAUUGAUUUUUUUUAUUUCUUUGCACCUUAGAUAGAAUGCUUACGUUUUGAGACUUUUCUAACUAGUAACUCAUAAAACAGGCUAAUAAUCUUUGGACGGCGACCCUAACUAAGCAAAGAAGCCAAUCUCCUAGCUUCAGCCUACUAAAAAACCUUUUAUCCGAUCACAAAUUUGACUCCCCUAAACUCCCCCUUCUUUCAGGACACGUGUCAAAACGACCGGUAUUGUUGAAGUCCAUUUCACGUUCAAAAACCUCAACUUCAAGCUGUUCGACGUGGGAGGCCAGCGGUCGGAGCGGAAGAAGUGGAUCCACUGCUUCGAGGAUGUGACGGCCAUCAUUUUCUGCGUUGCCAUGAGCGAAUACGACCAAGUGCUGCACGAGGACGAAACCACGAAUCGUAUGCACGAGUCGUUGAAGCUGUUCGACUCCAUCUGCAACAACAAGUGGUUCACGGAGACGUCGAUCAUUCUCUUCCUGAACAAGAAGGACUUGUUCGAGGAGAAGAUCAAGAAGUCUCCGUUGACUGUCUGCUUCCCCGAGUAUAAUGGUAAGUAAAUUGGUUGGGGUGUUUUGGAAUUUGAGAAGGAGGUACCCCUUGUGAAAGGCUUUGAAAUUGCCGAAAUAUAAGAUAUCUAGCUCUAUCAAAAAUCUAUUUUUUUCACAGCAAAAUAUGAAAAGCGAAAGCCAAUUUUUUGUCUCUCCUCAUUUUACGUACUCUCUCGCUCAAAAAGAUUGUUGAAUAUCUCAGCUGGGGAGGCAAAUCGCGAGCUGAAAUUUUAAUUGCUUGGUAUAUGGGAUACUUAGAAACCGUGUGAAAAAUUUCAAGAAAAUCGAGGAACCCCUCUUUCCGUUACUUCCAUUUCAUUCUAAUGUCUAGUAUAAUAUAAUUUUCGCCUCAAAAUCAAAGUUUUUCGCCAUAACCGAUAACAUAUGACCGAUCAAAGUUUAGGCCUAUAAAUGAAGAAAGUUCCUACCCAAAAAUUUGAAUAAAAUCGGAUAAUCACACAUCAUGUAGUACCUAAUUAAAAAAAAAUGUUCAAAAUCCCGUUCAACUCGCUAAACCCGGAAUUUUCAGGCCGACAAGACUAUCACGAGGCCUCGGCCUACAUCCAGGCCCAGUUCGAGGCCAAGAACAAGUCGGCCAAGAAGGAAAUUUACUGCCAUAUGACCUGUGCCACCGACACAACCAACAUUCAAUUCGUUUUCGACGCCGUGACGGACGUGAUUAUCGCCAACAACCUGCGCGGUUGUGGUCUGUAUUAG